UCAAGAUCCCUCUUUCUCUCUCUUCUCUUUCUGCUUCUCUCUCUUACACAGUCUUGAAUCUCUACUUUCUCUUUUCCGAAAUCCCAUAAUUUGUCACGCCCCGACACAUUGGUUGGAAUUGGAAAGGGCGUGUAGCUCACUCCCUCUCUCUCUCUUGCUGAGUGCCAUCCUUUAUGAGAGUUACUUCCUUUCCUUCUUUCUUCCAUGGUUUCCGCAGCAAAUCCUGGAAACCCUAAUCCCUGUUCUUUGUCACUUCAAAGCUGCUUCUUUUACCUCCGAAUUGCUCUGCUCUGCUCGCUCUUGAACUGGCCCAGUGGAUUUCUAGGUGGGUUCGUCUUCUCUACAUUUUUUUUUUCUACCAUUUGGGGUUUGAUUCAUCGGAUCCCCUCUCGCUAGGGUUUUGACGGAGAUUAGUUGCUGGCUCUGAUUCUGAUGUCUGAUUUUGGGAUGAGAGGUUUGAUGCAUCAUAUAUGGAUUCUGUUUGAUGGUCUUAGGUAGUUAGAUUAAUCUACAUAGUUUAUUAACUUUCAAAUGGCCUCUGAGUCGCGGACCAACAGGGCAUCAGAAAAACAUGGUAAAACUCAUGAAGGGCAAGCUCACAAAACAGGAAAAUCGAACCCUUCACCGAAAAUCAUAUCAGAAACUACCGAAGAAAAAACAGUGUGCGAUCGUCAACAAAAGAAAGCAGUCAGUGCAUUGGCAGGUGCAAUGGAUUCAAGUUUAAGUUUAGGUAAUGAAAAGUGCACGCUGACCUUUGACUGCCUUCCUGAUAAGGAAAAGAAGCCAUCAGAUCUCGAAAAUGUUAAAAAUAGCUCACCACUUCCUAAGGUUAGUGAUGGGAAGAAUAGCGGAGGCCCCAAGGUAAGCGAUCGGAUUGAUUUUGUUGAGAGCGGAAAGAGCAGUUUGUGUAGAGGUAGCACGAGUACUGAUAUCAGCGACGAAAGUUCUUGCAGCAGCUUGAGCAGCAGCAUCAACAAACCCCACAAAGCAAAUGAUCUUAGAUGGGAAGCAAUACAGGUAGUCCGUACGAAGGAUGGGGCCUUAGAUAUGAGGCACUUCAGACUGCUGAAGAAAUUGGGCUGUGGCGACAUUGGAAGUGUUUAUUUAUCGGAAUUGUGUGGUACAAAGUGUUACUUUGCUAUGAAGGUUAUGGAUAAGGCUUCUUUAGCUGGUCGGAAGAAACUUCUGCGCGCCCAGACGGAAAGAGAAAUACUGCAGUCUCUUGAUCACCCAUUUCUUCCUACUCUAUACACUCAUUUUGAAACAGACAAGUUUUCGUGUCUGGUAAUGGAAUUUUGUCCUGGAGGCGACCUGCAUACACUUCGGCAAAGGCAACCAGGGAAGCAUUUUUCCGAGCAAGCUGUCAAGUUUUAUGUAGCUGAGGUCCUUCUUGCCAUGGAAUAUCUUCACAUGCUCGGCAUUGUCUACCGCGACCUUAAGCCUGAAAAUGUCCUUGUGAGGGAAGAUGGUCAUAUAAUGCUGUCCGACUUUGACCUUUCUCUUCGUUGUACUGUCAGCCCGACUCUGAUUAAAUCAGCAUCGAUCGAUCCCGAUACGUUGCGGAAAAACACAUCAUCUUCCUGUGCCCAACCCGCCUGCAUUGAGCCGUCCUGUAUCCAGCCAUCCUGUAUCAGCCCCACUACAUGCUUCGGUCCUCGCAUAUUUUCAAGAAAAUCGAAAAAAGACCAGAAACCCAAAACCGAAAUCGGGAAUCAAGUCAGCCCGUUGCCAGAGCUUAUUGCGGAACCAACAGAUGCUCGAUCGAUGUCAUUCGUCGGCACCCACGAGUACUUGGCGCCUGAGAUCAUCAAAGGGGAAGGUCAUGGCAGCGCUGUUGACUGGUGGACUUUCGGGAUAUUUCUGUACGAGUUAUUGUUCGGCAAGACACCGUUCAAGGGGUCGGGAAAUCGAGCCACCCUCUUCAACGUCGUCGGUCAGCCCCUCCGUUUCCCGGAGUCACCAGUCGUUAGCGUCGCAGCUAGAGAUCUCAUCCGAGGCUUACUUGUGAAAGAGCCACACAAUAGACUUGCUUAUAAACGCGGAGCUACCGAAAUCAAGCAGCACGCUUUUUUCGAAGGCGUCAAUUGGGCCCUAAUCCGCUGCGCCAGCCCUCCGGACGUACCUAAACCGUUCGAAAUCGUCGAAAGGGUUCCCGCGAUGCCUCCGUCGACGAGUCUUAAGGUCGCCCCUGCCGCCGCUGCCACCGCCGGAGGCGGCGGCCCCUCUCCCCAAAGCUCUGAUAAGUAUCUGGAAUUCGAUUUCUUUUAGUACUACCCUUUUAAUCUGAACUUUUUUGUCCCUGUUGUUUUCAACUUUUUUAAAAAAAUGAUGUAUAAUUUUUCAGGGCUUCAUGUGAUGUGAUAUUUGUAGUGUUCUUGAUUUAUAAUUAUGUGUUUGGACAUCUGAAAAAAAAAAAAAAAUUGUUGCAAGCAAUUGUUGUGAAACUGUUUGUAUCAGAUUUCUUGUUUUUAAUCGGCAGGAUAAUGAAUUCUCAGUUGAUCAUCA